ACGUCGCAGCACCGCUCCGAUCACCGCUCGGGUUCGUGGUGCCGGGACCCGCUGCAGUCCGGCGAGCGGCUCUACGUGCUGCCCUGGGCUCCGUACCGCUCGGACACGCUGACGGAAUACGCGUCGUGGGAGGCGUUCGCCGGUUCCCGUCACACCACCACCUACCGCCUCCCGAGCCGCGCCGACGGCACCGGUUUCGCCGUUUACGACGGCGCCGUCUUUUACAACAAGGAACGAACCCGGAGCGUCGUCAAAUUCGACCUCCGCACCCGGAUCAAAAGCGGCGAGGCCGUCGUCGGGGCGGCCAACUAUCACGACACGUCGCCUUAUCGGUGGGGGGGGAAAACCGACAUCGACUUGGCGGUGGACGAGGAGGGGCUGUGGGUGCUGUACGCCACCGAGAGCAACGGGGGGAGGCUGGUGGUCAGCCAGCUCAACCCCUACACGCUGCGCUUCGAGGGCACCUGGGAGACGGGCUACGACAAGCGGGCGGCGUCGGACGCCUUCAUGGCCUGCGGGGUCCUUUACGUGGUGAGGAGCGGCUACAAGGCCGAGGAGGAGGAGGAGGAGGGCGAGGAGGAAGGCUCGGACGGCUUGGUUUACGCCUUCGAUACCCGCGCUGGCCGCGGGGCGGCGCUGCGCCUGGCGUUUCCCAACCCGUAUCGCUUCGUGUCGUCCGUGGGCUACAACCCGCGGGACAACCAGCUGUACGUGUGGAACAACCACUUC